AAUGAAAACAAAAAAUGAUGUCAAACAAGCCCUGUUUAUGGUUUCUUUAUGGUUAUGUAAUUUUGUAAAAAAAAAAAAAAAAAAAAAGUUAUGUAUUUGUAGCAAUUAUUUUAGAUAAGAAAGUAGACCACAAUCACCACAUCUUCAUUUCAAACCCAAACGCCGGAAACAAAUUGGAGAAACAAUUAAUCAAUCAUUCAAUCCACACAAGAUAAGUUUCCGCUCAUUUGGCGUCAAAAAUCAAAGAUCACUGGGAUGGCUUUGCCAGGUGCUCUACACCCAAAGCUCAGUUUCUCUCUUUCUAAAGCUUCAUUGCAUAGUUUCCGGCGAAACAAUCCGAGUUUUAUAAGCUUAAGCAGACAAUUUACCGGUGGCAGUACGACAUUUAAGUCCAACAUUACGGUGGUUAAAUGCGGCUCCACCCCAGGAAACGAGGAGGAUGGUGGUGGCAACUGUAGCAGCAGCGGCGGCAGCUUGAAGAAUGCCUUAUCUAAUAUAGUGGACAAAAGAGUUGAAGAAUUGCUUGAUAAAGAAGAGAACAAGGAAAUGUUGGAUAAACUUAAUAAGGCUACUGAAAGAGUACAGCUUGCUAGAAAAGAACUUGCUGAUAUUGAAAGGCAAGAGCUUGAAGCUCAACAAAUGAGGAAAUACAUUGAUCAACUCGAAACUCGAGCAGCUGAGAUUGCAGAGUGUCAGAAGGAGGUAUUAGAAGCAAAAGCAAUGGUUGAAGAAGCGGAACGAGCUUUGGGGGAGAAGGGUGAGAUCACCCGAAAUGAGGAGAGGUUGGAAUCAGUGAAAGCAGCUGCAGUAUGUGCCUUGGUUGGAACCCUUGCUGCUGUCCCAAUUUAUCUCUCAAGGGUGACAGACAGUCCUCAGUUGUUGCUUCAAUUAGGAGUCACCUUUGUUAGUUGUGCAUUGUUUGGUGUCACUUUCCGGUAUGCAGUGAGAAGAGAUAUUGAUGAUUCUCAUCUUAAAACCGGAGCAGCUGGAGCUUUUGCUGUAGUCAAAGGUCUUGCUACAUUGAGUGGAGGAUCCCCUUUAGAGUUCAACUCGGCAAGUUUCCUAUCACAUGCUGUGGAUGGCGCGUUCUUUGUGUUCCAGGAUCUGUUUAUUUUCACUUUUGCUGCUGUUAGUUUGGAUUUCUGCUUUAAAUCCAGGUUUGUAAGUCCAUUUCCUCUUAAGAAAGAUUAGGUCCGAGGAACAAAUCAAAUGACUUGACAAUGUUAUACUUCAUGUCACCCGCAACAGCACAUUAUUUUCAGAGGCUGUAAAUUCUUUAGCAUUGAGAAUAUUUGAUUAUUAAUGUCCAAACCAUCAAAACUUGUACUAUAGGAGCAGAAAUCAUGAAUGGCAAAAGAAAUUUUGAAUUCACAUUCA